AUGCGUCUCCAUUUAAUUGCGGUGCUGGUUGUUGUCGCUUUAGUAGCGAACGCGCAAGCUACCGCAUCGAAGAAUCAUCCGAAGGUGUUGAGGCUUAACUCCGCUACCGAUCGAUCUAUCAUCGCUAACAUUCCAGUCCAGCGGUUCUUGAGGAAACACCACUCUGUGGACACAAUAAACGAGGAGAGAGGAAUCGUUACCGUCCUCGAGAAAGCCAAGACCUUGGUUUCAACAAAGGUUACGGAUAAAACGCUGCAGCGCUGGGCAGCCAACAACAAAGCUCCAAAGCACGCCCUCCUACGCUUGAAACUUGACGACGCAGGAACCGAGCUCUUCAAGAAAGCUAAAUUCGGCGAGUGGGUCACUUUCAUGACCAAACGCUACCCGGAAAACGCGCACGCUGCUAUGAUUUCUGCCCUCAGGACUCGCUACAGCGAUGAUGUCCUAUCGAAGAUGAUUAUUGCGGCAAAGCAAGCCCCUAGUACCAAGAAUGUUGCAACUAAGUUGCAAGUCGAGCAGCUUCGGGCAUGGGGAAAGCAGGGGAAAUCCGCAGACGACGUUUUCGCUCUGUUAAACCUCAAAACAAAGGCACAGAACGUAGAUGACCUCUUCGAUGACCCCCAGUUCGUCCCUUGGCUUAAGUACGUGGAUGAUUUCAACAAGAAUGACCCGGUAAAGGCAAAUGCGAUGAUGAGAAAGACGUUGGCGCCUCAUACUAACGGCGCCGAUAUUGGCGCCAAGUUGCAAGCCCAGCAGUUAAAAGUAUGGGCAAGAGAGGGGAAAACAGCAGACGAUGCUUUCAAUCUGUUUAACCUCAAAACGAAGGCUCAAAGCUUGGAUGAUCUCGUCCAAGACGCUCAGUUCUUUCCUUGGAUCAAGUACGUGGGCGAUCUCAACGACGGAGACUCUAAAAAGAAAUAUGCGAUGGUGGCAAAGACGUUGACAACUUACAACGACGAAACCAACAAGGGAGUGUACACUAUGCUCAAUGCCGCGAAGAACCAAGAGUUGGCCAAGAAGUUGCAAAGAGGACAAUUCGACAAUUGGUUGGCUGAUAAUGUCAAGUUCUAUGACGUUAGUACUUAUGUGGGAGCGAAGGGAUGGCCACCUAAUAGCCCCGCAAGGAAGUUCGUCAAGGAUUACCUUCAAGCCUACAACAAGAAGAACAUACCAUAG